AUGUCUGGUACAACCUCUCCUCCGCAAGUCGGGCCUCUUGUCUCUACAUACCUCUUCAGCGCCACAGUCAAUCUAGGCGGGGCUCUCGCUCCCAUCCCUUUGCUCGGGGGUGGCGCCCGCGUGGUCGAACCCAUCACCGGUGGCACGAUUUACGGCCCAGGAUUCAAUGCCACAAUUGAGGGUGGCCUUGCCGCUCCAAUUCUAAUUAACGAUAACGGCACAACCUCGCAGCUGCCGUGGGUAUAUGCGUACGGGCAUGCCAGCGACGGGUCGCCGUUCUACAUUGAGGAAGACGGCAUUGGGUCUUCUGCAACCCAGAAUACACGGCUUAUCAUUCAGGUUGGGGGCAAGUACGCGGAUCUCCAGAAAAUGUAUGUGCUUGGACAACCGAGCGUCAAUGAAGAAAGGACAGUAGCUACGGUGGAAUGCUGGAGUGUACCUUUACCGCAGUAG